AUGGAUCCCACCAGCAGCAGCUGCAUGCGCAGCCCACAGCCUCCCCCUGCCCUCUGGGGGUGCGUGAGGAGCACCCACAUGGACAUCAGCACAGCCCCAGGGCUGAACCACUGCCCAGCAGCACCGUUCUCCUUCCACCAGAGACCAGAUUUUGAUGCUUACUCCGAUUUCUCCACCUCCUGCUUGGUGACGGCUCCCCACAGCUUCCCACGGGAGGAGCGAGCGUUUGGGGAGCAGCACCACCCCUUCCAACACUCUGACUGGCACCUGGCAGCAACUGAGAGCAGGAGACAACUCAACCCAGAACAGGCCUUGGCAUCUGGGGAGUUGGAGGGCAGCAGCCCUGACCCAGCGAGUGUGACAGUGGGUGUGGGUGAAGAUGAAGAGGCACCAGCAAACACUACAAAGGACACUGAGAAAAAGCCACCCAAAAGGAAAAAGGAAAGCUCAGAAAACCAGGACUCGAGCAGCAAGACAGAAACCCGCAGCAAAUCCCGGAAGGAAAGGACAGCUUUCACUAAGGAGCAGCUGCAGGAGCUGGAAGCUGAAUUUGCCCACCACAACUACUUGACAAGGCUCAGGAGAUACGAGAUCGCCGUGAACCUGGACCUCACCGAAAGACAAGUCAAAGUAUGGUUUCAAAACAGAAGAAUGAAGUGGAAACGUGUUAAAGGUGGGCAACCAGUGUCCCCACACGAACAUGACACAGAAGAUGUGGACUCUGCUGCCUCACCCAGCUCUGACUAAUCCUUGCAGCAAUGGGAGAGGAGUCUGGAGAAAGUAAUGGAUCAGAAUGUGGAUGCAACACUGCUUCGGGUCAGCUACUCAAAGAGAUCAUCCUGCUUGCAAAUCCUGUAGCCCACAGUCUUUAAAAGGUGUAGGGUGCUUUAUGUUGCAGAGGUAAUUAAGGAGCACAGCGGGGAAAAGCCAAAGGAGGGCAUGAUUUUGAUUUUUGUCUCUGGAACUGUCUUACUACCACAGCUGUGUCUACAGAAAAAAAAGAUAACAUUGAGUAUAAAACAAGAGUAAUGUUGUCCAGAUGCUCAGACAUUCAGAAAAUACAGGUUGUCAGUCAGAGAGUGAUAACACAGAUGUGUUCUCAUCCAGUCUUUCCCUGGUCACAUCUAUUAGGGUGCAUUUGGACUUGGCAAUACACAUUUGACUUGUGCCUUACUUUGAGAGAAAUAAAUACUUUGACAGUCACUGAUUCUUCUUGCAAAAUGAAUUGGACACCUGCACAGCUAGGCAAUAAGAUUACAAAAUAAAAUAUGAGACCAAAAACACAUAUACACAGAAUUCUGCUUCCCAGUUUCAGAGGAGAUGGCUUUCACACUGACAGUCCAACAAGGCAGGUGCCUUGUUGAUGGCAGCAAUUUGCAGAGGGAGAUUUCUUCCAAGCUUACUGUAAAUCCUGAAAUUAAACUCCUAGAUCUCAAUUUCAAAUAUUUUUUGAAGCAGUCAUCACGAAAUACCACAGCAGGCACAGCAGAGAUGGAACUCUCAACACAACAGCUAUCACUGUUGUGUUUUCCAAUAAACAGCACCACCAGAAGUUUUAAGAACACUUAAGAACACUUCCACUUGAAAUUAUCCUCCCUUUCAACCAAAACUUAUAGUAUAUCGAGUUAUGAAGAUUUAGAAAAGCACAGUGCCUGUUUCCAUUUCUUCUAUCUUUUUGUUUAAUGUACUAAUGCCAUAUUUUAAACAGAAUUUUACACUAGCACACCACAACGUGACUAUUGAGAACACUGAAACAGUGGUUGAAAUAUUUGAAAAGUAACCAUUACAGCAGCUAUGACACACUGCCUUCCUCUCACCUUGCUCUGAUACAUAUUUAUUGUGGUUGCCUGUAAACUGUUGAUCUGCUGGGUACAAAUUUGUAUAUCUGAAUGAUAUGUUUAUAAAGCUAUCAGUGGUAAUUCCACUUGUAAAAAAACUCAAAACAGAUAAAUAUUGUCUUUUUUUUUAAAA